UUUUCUUUUUGAAAAAACGUUUCUUUCUGCGUUUCCAUGAAAGCAAAACCCAACCGAAAGAAAAAGUGGGAAACUCGGCCAGUUAAGUAAAUUGAACAAACGCUUUUUUCUACAGCAUUGCGUUGCGAUUUGAGUUGAGACAAUUGUGUUGUGUGGAUACUGGAAAGGAGAGCGUGAAAGAAAUGGCACCGUUGAAAGCUUUGGAGGCAGAGUACCGAAUACUCGACCCCAAUUUCCAGGCCUUUUGCGCCUCUCACGGUAUUUUCUCAGUGGAAGAUUUCCUCAUUCAUGACCUCUAUGAAUUAGCUGCAUUUGCAGAACACCAGCCUACAUCUGAGAAACUAAAGCAGGGCAUUACUCAGGUCCUCUCUAUUAUUGAUACUCAGCAUCAACCAUGGUUGAAUGGUAUGGAGCUUUUAGAUGAUGCUCUACAUAACAAGCAUGUACUGUCAACUGGGUGUGAAGGAAUUGAUUUGUUACUUGGAGGCGGAUUACGUGAGGGACAAUUAACUGAACUUGUUGGGCCAUCUUCUUGUGGUAAAACACAAUGUUCAGGUUUGCCUACUUGCUGCCUCAAAUGUUGCAACGAAGCACAUGGGUAAUGUUGUAUACCUGGACACAGGCAACUCUUUCUCACCCCAACGAAUUGCCCA